UAUAAACAGGUUGAAUUCUCAGUCCUCUACUCUUUCUGCUUCCUGAAAAUCAGAGGGCCUCCUGACACUAACAGCACAGAGAGCCGACUGUGACCUGACUGUGUAGAUCUCAUUCAUCAACAUGGCAACGAUCAGUAACAUCUCCCCCAAAUACAAAGACAUCAUCUCCAAAAGUGUUCAGAUCCGUUCAGGACCUCCUGCUGUCUACCAGCUGAGACCAAAGGAAACAAAGAUCGGUUCUCUGACUAGAAAGACUGUCGGUGAAAAAAACAUGAAUAAGGCAAAUAAAAACAUCUUACUUGUGGGAGAAACAGGAGCAGGAAAAUCUACUCUGAUCAACUCUAUGGUCAACUACACCAUGGGAGUGAAGUGUGACGAUAAAGUCUGGUUUCAGAUCGUAGAGGAUGAGAAGAGAAGUCAGGCAGAAAGUCAGACAUCAGAUGUGAUCGUGUACGAGAUCUUUGGUUUUGAAGAUGAAACUCUGCCCUACUCUCUGACCAUCAUCGAUACUCCUGGAUAUGGAGACACCAGAGGGACUGAAAAAGAUGACAUCGUCAUUAAAAGGUUGUUUGAAUUAUUUCGAGCAGAGGAUGGAGUUCAUGAAGUUCAUGCAGUGGGUCUGGUGAUGAAGGCAGCUUUGAAUCGAGUGAGUGACCGACAGAAGUACAUCUUUGAUUCAGUGAUGUCUCUCUUUGGAAAAGAUGUGGAGAAAAACAUCGUAGCUCUGAUCACACACUCAGAUGGAAUGCCAGCUAAAAAUGUUCUUGAGGCUCUUCAAGCAGCAAACAUUAAAUGUGCCAUAAAUGAGAAGAACCAGCCUGCUCACUUCCUGUUUAAUAACUGCCUGAACACAGCAAUAACAGAGGAAAAUGAGUUUGGUUUGGACACAGCAUGGAGGGUGACAGAGAGGGGAAUGAAUCAAUUCAAAGUCUUCCUGGAAAAACUCCUCCUCAGAAACUGAAGACAACGGUCGAAGUGUUGAAUUCACAAAUCAGACUGAAAGCAUGCAUCCAAAACCUGCAGGAGAGAAUCAA